GUAUGUAAAGAAUAAAAAAUUUAAUGCAACAGCGACAAAGGGUGUUGAAUAGUUAAAUACAAAACUUUACACCUGAAGAAAUGAACAGUCGACUGCAAGAGAUUCGCGAGCGACAGAAACUCCGGCGGCAGCUUUUAGCUCAACAGUUGGGAGCUGAAAGCGCAGACAGCAUCGGAGCUGUCCUAAAUAGUAAAGAUGAGCUAAAAGAGAUAGAGGAAACAAGAGAAAUAUGCAGGGCUUCAUUUGACAGUUCAGUCGUACCUUCCAAAAGGAAGGGACAGAUGGAGGGUGAGGACACAGAGGAAGAUGUGGAAGAACAAAAGGAUGAGGUGGAGGUGCAGCAGCCGGAUGAAAGCAACCCAUAUGAGGAGGUGUACAAGGACUCAAGUACUUUCCUCAAGGGAACCCAGAGUUUGAAUCCUCACAAUGACUACUGUCAGCACUUUGUCGACACAGGGCACAGGCCUCAAAACUUCAUUCGAGAUGUCGGCUUGGCUGACCGAUUUGAGGAAUACCCUAAGCUUCGAGAGCUGAUCAGACUAAAGGACGAGCUUAUCUCCUCCACCAACACCCCUCCCAUGUACCUCCAGGCUGAUCCCGAACACUUUGACCUGCAGGAUCUGAAGUGCAAGUUUGAUGUAAUUCUGCUCGAGCCGCCCUUAGAGGAAUACUACAGAGAAUCAGGCAUCAGCCACACUGAACGUUUCUGGACCUGGGAUGAUAUCAUGAAACUGGAAAUUGAGGAGAUAUCGGCUAUACGUUCCUUUGUGUUUCUCUGGUGUGGCUCUGGUGAAGGCCUGGAUUUGGGCAGAAUGUGUUUGAGGAAGUGGGGCUUUAGGCGGUGUGAGGAUAUCUGUUGGAUCAAGACCAACAAAAAUAACCCGGGAAAGACCAAGGCACUGGACCCGAAAGCAGUAUUUCAGAGGACCAAGGAACACUGCCUAAUGGGAAUCAAAGGAACAGUACGUAGGAGUACCGACGGCGACUUCAUCCAUGCAAAUGUGGACAUUGACUUAAUCAUCACUGAAGAGCCUGAAAUGGGAAAUGUAGAGAAGCCUGUGGAGAUCUUCCAUAUAAUUGAGCAUUUCUGUUUGGGCCGCAGGAGGUUACACCUGUUUGGACGAGACUCAACCAUCAGACCAGGCUGGCUGACUGUGGGUCCUACUUUGACAAACAGUAACUUUAACCCAGAGACCUACGCCUCGCAUUUUGUCAAUUCUCACCUAUCUGGCUGCACAGAAGAUAUAGAGAGGCUGCGGCCCAAAUCUCCCCCUACAAAACUGAAGUCAGACCGUGGUGGCGGAGCACCCAGAGGGGGACGUGGUGGGCCAAAUGCAGGAAGAGGUGGAGACAGAGGCCGUGAAAGAAACCGGCCAAAUUUCCGCGGGGACAGGGGAGGGUUCAGGGGCCGUGGAGGGCCACAUAGGGGCUUUCCACCUCGCUAGAUGAAAGAGCUCAUUCCAACCAGACUGAUACUAGGAAUCCCCAUCUGCCAAUUGUAUGGUUAGUAUGUAACAACUGAAAAGUUAGUGAUUGUGAUUCACCUUUUUGAAUCUUUUUCUUUUGUCUAUAUUUUUCCUGGUAAUUCAAUGAUUUCACUUCUCUAAUUAAACAUUCUUUUCACUA